GUAACUAGCCCACCAGGUUGUGGUAAAACUCAAUUUUGUAUUAUGAUGAGUGUUCUGGCUACACUACCUGUAAGCAUGGGAGGACUAGAUGGGGCUGUUGUAUACAUUGACACAGAGUCUGCGUUCAGCGCUGAGAGGUUGAUUGAGAUAGCAGGAAACAGAUUCCCUACUUAUUUUGACUCUGAUGAAAAGCUGUUCUGCAUGACCCGUAGCAUUCACCUGUAUCGAGAGCUGACCUGUGGCAAUGUACUGAAGAGGAUUAUGUCUUUGGAAGAAGAAAUUAUUUCAAAGAAAGUUAAACUCAUAAUAAUUGACUCUGUUGCUUCAGUUGUCAGAAAGGAGUUUGACACACAACUCCAAGGCAAUCUGGCAGAGAGAAGUAACUUUUUGGCUAGAGGAGCAUCAGUGCUGAAGUAUUUGGCAGAGGAGUUCUCAAUACCA